GUAGUGUUUUUCUAAGCGCAGGAAUAAAAGACAGACCCGUCCCUAGUUAUUUAAAUAAUUGCUAAGCAGAUCGUCCCGCUUCCAGAUUACUUGGCGUAAAAGUGCAAUCAUAAACUUUUUCAGUCAGUUCGCAAGCGCACAGGCUCCAAGUGUGAAAAAAAUACAUGAAAGCGCAUUGCUUUGGCCCUCACCGCGCAACUGCAAAUGUAUUAGUGCUAACGACCAUAACACAGGCGCAAUAUUAAGAAAAUAUUUAUUUUCAGACUCCUAUAUUUUGAAGUUUAUAGCGAUUACAACAAUGUUAAAGUUUAUACGUGGAAAGGGUCAACAGCCAACAGCUGAACGACAGCGACUACAAAAGGAGCUCUUUGCGUAUCGUAAGACCGCACAGCAUGGUUUCCCACAUAAACCUUCAGCUCUGGCGUAUGAUCCAGUCUCUAAUCUUAUGGCCAUUGGUACACUAACUGGAGCAAUAAAAGUUUUUGGGCAGCCAGGCGUAGAACUAUAUGCCCAGCAUACUUUAGUAAAUAACUUAGCAUCUGAACUUAAUGUUCAACUGCUUGAAUGGGUAUAUGGUACCGGACGUAUCCUCUCGUUGACCGCAGCCAAUCAACUCAUUUUAUGGGAACCUGUGGGUACAACGCUUGUGCCAAUCAAAACACUUCCGUUUGAUGGGAAACUGAAAAAAGUUUCGUCGCUUUGCUGUUCACUAAACAAAGAUCUUGUAUGGAUAGGCACCGAAGGUGGCAAUAUAUAUCAGUUCGAUUUGAAAUCAUUCACUAUACGUGAACCUGUUAUUUACCACGAUGUUGUUUUGGAACAAGUGCCACCAACCUACAAACUCAAUCCAGGAGCUAUUGAGUCAAUACGUCAGCUGCCAAACGCACUUAACAAGCUACUUAUUGCUUACAAUCGCGGACUCUGCGUAUUAUGGGAUUUAGAUACGUCAGCUGUUGAACGUGCCUAUAUUGCACCCGGUCAUGGUCAAAGUGUGGGGCUAUAUGUUAACGCUACAGGCACGGAAUUUAAUUGGUAUCACGCAGACGGCUCUUAUGCUAGUUGGAUUAUUGCGAGCGGGGAGCCUCCCAAAAAUGUCAACUAUGUUCCUUAUGGGCCAGAUCCAUGCAAGAGCAUUAACCGGCUUUAUAAGGGGAAACGAGGAGUCCAUGAUGUAAUCGUUUUCUCUGGAGGUAUGCCGCGUUCAGCCUAUGGUGAUCACAACUGCGUUUCGGUGCAUGGCAGCGAUGGGCAAAAAGUUUGCCUAGAUUUUACGUCAAAAGUCAUUGAUUUCUUUAUCACAUACAAGGAAGAUAACGAGGCUCUACAGAUGCUUGUUGUAUUACUUGAGGAAGAGCUGUGCGCUUACGAUCUUACUGAUUCAAUAGUUUCAGCAGUUAAGGCACCUUAUCUGCACUCGGUGCAUGCAUCUGCAGUGACGUGUAAUUACCUUGCUUCGCAAGUCACCCAGACGGUAUAUAGGCGUAUUUUACGUGCUGGCGAUGAACAGGACAUUGACUACAGUAAUAUUGACUGGCCAAUAACAGGUGGUGAGUUACCUGAGGACAUCAAACAGUCUGAUGAAAACGAAACUACGAAGGAGUAUGAGAUACUCUUAACUGGCCACGAAGACGGUUCCGUUAAGUUCUGGGAAUGUUCUGGGGUGAUCUUGAAGCCGAUAUAUAAUUUUACAACAGCAAACAUAUUUGGUCAUGAGAACCAGGAUGAUACAGGAGCCAAUGAUAGCAAUGAACAACUUGACGAGAGUGAACCGCCAUUUCGUAAAUCAGGAUUAUUUGAUCCCUAUUCAGACGACCCUAGAUUAGCAGUAAAAAAAAUUGCACUGUGUCCAAAAACGGGCCAGUUAAUUGUGGGUGGCACCGCUGGUCAAAUUGUCAUAGCCGAUUUUGAAGGAGAUGAUAUAGAGCGUGGCAUGCUGAAGUUUAGUUCUAUGAACUUGGUUAGCGAUCGUGAUGGCUUUGUAUGGAAAGGACAUGACCAGCUUAACGUGCGUCCCAAUUUAUUAGAAGAAGACGCCGAGUCAAUUUGUGAGAAUGGUGUCAAAAUUAGUGGCGUGCUACAAGUUCUUCCACCAGCUAGCAUCACAUGUCUGGCACUAGAAGCUAACUGGGGCCUAGUCUCCGGUGGUACAGCGCACGGUUUAGUGUUAUUUGAUUUUAAAAACUUUGUGCCAGUUUUCCACCGUUGCACUUUAAAUCCAAACGACUUAACCGGCGCGGGCGAACAGCUAUCGCGGCGCAAAUCGUUUAAGAAAUCGCUUCGGGAAUCCUUCCGUAAGCUGCGCAAAGGAAGGUCCACUCGUAACAAUCCAAGUAAUCAGGUGUCAACUACUUUGGAAGCUCGUCCUGUUGAGAGACAAAUAGAGGCGCGCUGCACUGACGAUGGCAUGGGGUCUAUGGUGCGUUGCUUAGUCUUUGCUAAAACCUAUGUAACCAAUGUUAAUAUUACUUCACCCACUUUAUGGUCGGCUACAAACGCGAGCACCGUUUCGGUGUUCCUUUUACAUUUACCACCAGCACAAACUGCAGCUACAACAGGACCACCUGCCAGUGGUAACGCAACACCUAAGUCACCGCGUCGCAUAUCUGCGCAACUGGCCAAGGAAAUACAGCUAAAGCAUCGCGCUCCUGUCGUAGGCAUUUCUAUUUUUGACCAAAACGGCUGCCCUGUUGACCAGUUCAGCUAUGGCGAGAACGGUACACCGCCCCAUCGUGUUCUUAUUGCAUCCGAGGAACAAUUUAAGGUUUUUUCGCUUCCACAAUUAAAGCCAAUCAACAAAUACAAGCUUACGGCUAACGAAGGAGCCCGCAUACGUCGCAUACAUUUUGGAUCAUUUAGCUGUCGCGUCUCACACGAGCUUUUGCAAAGUCUUAAUGCUAACAGCCCGACAAAAUUAACACGCACACACGAAGCUCUUGAUGGAGUGGCUAAUACUGGCGUAGGGACGGCAGCGACCGGUGUUGAAAUGUACCAUGAGAUGGCAUUAAUUUGUUUGACCAAUAUGGGAGACAUCAUGGUUUUAUCAGUGCCAGAGUUAAAGCGACAAUUAAAUGCAGCUGCCGUCAGGCGCGAAGACAUCAAUGGGAUUUCAUCGCUUUGCUUUACUAAUAGUGGAGAGGCAUUAUAUAUGAUGUCGUCUUCAGAAUUGCAACGAAUAGCUUUGGCCACCUCGACAGUUGUACAACCAAUGGGCAUUGUUAAGGUCGAACCUCUCGGGAAUGAAGACAAUGAGUGUACCAUGCCAGCCAAUGAUGACGAUAUUAGCCAUAAGGAAGUCGAUGCAAUUCAUGAUAGUGUCGAAAAUAAUACUAGUUCAAGCAUACUUGAGCAGUCAAUUGCUAAGCAGCGCGCAAUGCCGACAGAACAUAGCCUCCCGCUCACAAAUGGCAUAAAUAUCGGUAGUUCACCUAAUCGCGCCAACGAGACCAUCACAAGUUCUAUAGGCGACAUCACUGUCGACUCUGUGCGCGAUCACUUAAACACCACUGCUACAACACUUUGUUCAACCACUACAGAGGAAACUGUCGGUCGCUUAUCAGUGCUCAGCACGCAAAAAAAUCAAACCACUACCAGCGUCAACAUGAAAGACAUACCUAAUAUUGAUAUACCGAAUUUAUUGGAUUUGGCGUCAAAAAGUAACACCACAGAAACGAGCACAAGCUCGGUCGUCAUCAAAUCGGUAAUAACGAGCAUUUCACACGAAAACGUCAACGGUGAAAACGAAACUAGGAAGACUAAAACAACAACCCAUGAAGAAAGUCAAUUUUAGGCACUUACAUUUGAAUGAAUGCUAUAAAAUCGCCCCUAACUUUAAAGGAACGUUCAAUUCAAUAUUAACACAUUUGCACACAUUAUAUACAAAAGUAUAUUUAAUUAUACUUAUUAUAUUGUAUACUAAACUUUUGUUAUAAAUAAGACAUUUCUAGACACGCUGAAGAAUUCAGCGAUUUUUGAAAGUUUUGUCAAAGAUUACAAGAAUUUCCAUAUCACUUUUCUA